AGUGGUAUAGGCCUUUUACACAGGUGUCUGUUCUAAAACCCUAGAUUAUGCUUUUGUUUUGAUUUCAUCUAUAUUUCUUUGAAUCAGUAGAUAGAGGCAUAGAGCACGUGAAUUUCAAGAGAAUCGCUACUCGGGUCCUGUUAACGAAUUUCUGCUGCCCUCGUAAUUCGUCUUUUUGGAUAUUGAAGCUCUUUUUGGUGUCCUUUUGGGGAUUUUGUUUAGGUCUAUUUCAGAGCCCAUCAAUGGAAGUGUCGGUGACCGAAGAUUUGAAUGUUACCUAUUUCUAGUUAUCUCACAAUUUGUGAUAAAUUGCAGUCUGCUGAGGAUAAGUAGUUCAAAUUGGAUUCAUUAGUCAGGGAUUUGCCUGUAGACCAUGGUUGGAAACUCACUGCUGCAAAUUUCUACUUGCCCUACGAUGCUAUCGUCUUCAUUGAUUAAUGGCCCUCGUACUUCAAGUUCGUUGCCAUACCUGGCACUGAAAUCACCACCAAAGAAACUGACACGGGUUAGAGCUAUGUCUGCUGACACUGGACGUAGCCAGCCGCCCUCUUCUUCGGAAUCUAAGAAUCCUCUAUCAGUUGUUUUGGAUGUUCCUCGGACUAUUUGGAGGCAAACACUCAAGCCAUUGAGUGAUUUCGGGUUUGGUAAGAGGAGUGUAUGGGAAGGUGGGGUUGGGCUGUUUUUAGUGUCUGGUACAGUUCUUUUUGCUCUCACUUUGGCUUGGUUGAGGGGGUUUCAAGUGCGUACUAGAUUCAGAAAGUACUGGGCAGUGUUGGAGUUUCCCCAGGCUCUUGGUAUGUCCACAGGAACGACUGUUAGGAUUAGAGGAGUACCUGUUGGCAAUGUUAUUCGUAUUAAUCCCUCGUUGAAAAGCAUUGAAGCUGUUGUUGAGGUUGAAGAUGAUAAAAUUAUCAUUCCUCGAAAUUCUCUUAUUGAGGUGAACCAGUCAGGGCUCCUUAUGGAAACUUUGAUUGAAAUUACUCCUCGGGAUCCCAUUCCUACACCUUCAGUUGGGCCGCUUGAUCCACACUGUAUUAAAGAAGGCCUUAUUGUUUGUGAUAGGCAAAAAGUAAAGGGAGAUGUAGGUGUAAGUAUGGAUGCACUACUUGGGAUAGUCCUCCGUCUUGCUCGGGAAGCAGAAGAGAUUGGUCUUAUCAAUGUCUAUAAGUUGGCUGAGCGUUUUUCGUCCGUAAUUGAAGAGGCAAAGCCUUUGCUUAUACAGAUACAAGCCAUGGCAGAAGAUGUUCAACCUUUGCUGGCUGAAGUUCAUGCCAGUGGUCUACUUAAGGAGGUCGAAAAUUUAAGCAGAAGCUUGACGCAAGCCUCUGAAGAUCUGAGAAGGGCGCAUUCGUCGAUUAUGACUCCUGAGAACACAGAGUUGAUUCAAAAGUCUAUUUAUACUUUAAUUUUCACUUUGAAAAACAUUGAGAAUAUUAGCUCUGACAUUUUGGGAUUCACCGGUGAUGAGGCUACACGACGGAACUUGAAAUCACUUAUUAAGUCCCUCAGCAGGUUAGUAUGAUGUCUGGGGAUGCAUAGGUAGGAUACUACAUUUGAGCAAUUGAUAAGACAUCAGAGAGAGGAGCGUUUGCCCCCUCCCCCUCUCCCUUCUUAUAGAAGAGGUUUGAUUCCAGAGAUUUUUGUUGCAUUUUUUGUCUGGUGGAGCUCUCAAAUUAAGGUUUGUUGAAACAUUUACACUCAACCAUGCUGAAAGUGAAAACAGUGUGCUUUUUCAUUUUUCGACUUUUUUUUUUUUUUUGUUGGAGAUGUGUCGUUGACUAGAUAACAAUUGUGAGUAGCAAUUCCCAGUUGUAAUAUCCAUUGAGGAAAACCAUUGAAGAUCUGUAAGUAGUGAAAAUGUGAUUUGAUAUGUAUUUGUUUUUGCUUUUA